GCGGGUGCAGAUGGAAGGGGCUUAAGGGACCGCGGAGGAGCUGAACCUGGAGAUAAACCCGGAGAUACAGCGGCACGCAGGCGGGUUAAAACACGGCCCAGCCUCCCUUCUGGCUGGGGGAGCAGAGGCGCGCGGACAGGGGCGCACGAGCGGGUCAGCGGGCGCUCAUAAAAAAGGAUGUCACAUGCAAUAUUCUGCAUUCCUGUUUUUUUCUGAGGAAGCAAGUUAUCGCUGUUUUGAUUGAUGAUGUUUAAACGCCGGGUCCGAGGGGAAGCAGAACGUGAAGGAUGCUGCGCCUCCCAAAACCUGAGCUGAAUCCCAGAGAGACCGUUGCACUUCCCUGCGUGGAUGAGUUGUAAGGGUGUGUGUGUGUGUGUGAGUGUGUGUGAGAGUAAGUGAGCGUCAGCGCUCCCACAUGGCCUCCAUGCAGGACGGGCUGAACUUCACGGCUCCUCCCUACGGCAAGGUCCUGCUGCUGGGCGCUAUCGCUGCUGCCUCAGCCUUUGUUGUCACCAUCCUCAUCGUGGUGCUCUGCGUGGGCUGCCAGAGAAAGGGGAAGACACACAAUGUUUCCGGCGAGGGUGGAAAACACCGUCUCAUGGACAUGGGUAUUCUCCGGCAGUCGAAGCUGCGGUCCAUCAGUAAAUCGGACACUGAGAUGAACAAGAUGAACUGCAAUGGGAAAAGCAGGCAGCUUCCCCAGAUCCCCUCUGGGACUGGAGAGGACGGAGAGCACACUUACUCUGAAGUGGGCCGGGGCUCCUCCACCACACGUACUGACGAUGCCCUGUACGCCAUGGUAGGCAGGGCCGGGCAGACGGACACCCCGGCCCCUCCGGCCGUCCCCGCCAACACCCCGGCGCCCCCGGACCCAGACGGUGACGUGGAGGGAGGGCUGCCGGAACCCGAGACCCAGGUCAUGUCUCCCCCUCACCCUCACCCUCCGGAGGCGGCCGAGUACGCCUGCGUCAGGAAGCUGAGGAAGGCCGACAAGGCGCCCCAAAAGAGAGACAGCGGGACAGAUAUGGCCGAGCCACCGGUGCCGCCACCGCGACACGCCCCGCCGUCACAUCCCGCCCCUCCUCCACCACACCCUCACAGCACAAAGUUGCCGCGCAGAAACGUGGACGCCUUCAGCGUCCCUGCGUUCCCAAAGGAGGUGAUGUUUAUGGGCAACGGAGAGCAGUACAUCUGGAAGCCUCCGGAGGAAGAGGAGAUGCUCAUGCACCAAAAUAAAGCCCUGGGACCGCUGGGUGCUCACACGGUGGAGAAUAUACAACCGUCUGCUGCUGUGGUGGCUGAGAUGUACUCGAAGGUGUGUAAACCGGGAAAGAAAAAGCGAGCUGUGCCGGGGUCUCCCCCAGCCAAUCCUGGCUUCCGGACCUUGGGUCGCGGUGACCGGGACCGAGACCGGGACGGGGGUUUCAGUGUCGUGGUCAAACCCCAGACGUGGGCCCUUCAGGAGGGCAAAGCAAUCGGAGGGCCGCUCGACGACCACUGCUACGAGUCCAUCGGGACGGAGGAGUGCGAUCUGGCCUAUGAGCACAUGGAAGGUGCCUGGAAGCGAGAGAGGCCCCCAAACACGUGUGCCACCCUGCGGCCGCGGAGGAAGAAAGCCCAGCAGCCCUUGCAGCAGCAGCAGCCGCCUCCGCCGCCGCCCACACAGCAGACCCCCAAGUUACAGCACCUUCCCGCCAAAGCCCUGCUGCUGCCGGGGGAGAACCUGUACGAGAGCAUCGGCGACAUGAAGCAGGGCUCCGCCAACUCCAGCACCACCACCAUCUUCACUUUCAACGACGGCAUGGAGAUGUACGUGACCGGGCUCUGAGGCGGCGGCUGCACCGUGACCCCGAUCCUUCCAGCGAGGAGCUGAUCUAAUGCCACGAGGAGUGACGGCUGAGCCACUGUCAUGCUCCCCCACACAUACUGUUUACAUUCAUAACGUCACGUGGAUCUGUUGUGACCUGGGCUGAACACAAAGUCCAAUCUAUAAACCUUAUAAAGAAUCCAAAGGUAGUGAAUAAUACAUGAGCACAAGACCACCACAGAGCGAUCUGUAGGUAACAGUAGCACUUCUAUUUUACUGAUACAUGUGUGCAAAGCACAAUUGAGUAAAAAAGCCUAAAUUCUUCCUCAAUUAUAGCGGGUAAAACGAAGGUCCUAGCAGGACUCUUAUCACAGCAUUGUGUGAAAUCUUUUGGUAGCACUUAUCAUGAGCAGGCCUUCCUGCAGUUGGUCAAGAACGUGAUUCAGGACGGGAUUGAAAUGAUAUAGAAGGAAUGAAUUACUAAUCAAAAAUACUUGAAAGCUCAGGGACCAAGAGAAACAAUUACGAGAGUAUUAUAACAAAAUAAAUUGCACACAUUUUGCAUUCCUCCUAAAAAAGCUUUGACUAAUUUAGACCAUCAUGUUUUAAAAAGCGAGCGCGACACAUUCCUCCGUCAUGUGGGGCUGGGCGAUACGGAGAAUAUAAUAAAGUAUUUUUGACCAAAUGCCUCGAUAUCGAGACGAGACAUUUAAUGUGCUGCUGUACGGAAGCAGACACUUUCGCUUCACAAUUGUAGCAUCCGUCGACCGUCAGUAUUUUCCAAAUUAGUUUAUUUGACGGCCGAUGAUACGCGGAAAUGAGCUAAAUGCGUUUUAUUCCUAUUAAAGCUUUACUGUAAUGCAGCCGAUAUCUAAAAGCUAAGAGGAUACGGAGUCUCUUAUGUAUCUCCCAGCCCUGCCUUCAUGCUUUGCUUCAUCUGACAUGGACUGAACACUGUCUCCACUGCCGUCUGUAAAUCAAGUGUUUUACUUUGUUGAUCCUGUUUCUGCACUUUGCCUGCUACGAGUUGCAUGCUAAAAAAAGUGAAAAACCCCCCAAAAAAAUCAAAGCACUGUCAUGUGGUACCUCUAUAUGAAUGUUUUAUUUUUGUUAAUAUCGUCGUUGGUUGUUUUUUUAAGUUUUUUUUUAAGUGUGUUGCUUUAUUUCUCUGUAGAGCACAAAGCCAGUUAGAUUAAGGAUGUUUGGGACUCUGUGCAGCAGAGAGGAGAGUUUAUCUUUCUCUCGCCACACACACACGGAGGUGAAACAAGACUAAAGAGAACUGCAAGGUGGAGACAGUCCACUCACCCCCCCCCCCCCGCCUCUCUCUCUCUCUCUCUCUCUCUCACACACACACACACACACACCUCUGCUCAGUCCUCACUCACAUCUGUGGAGCGUUCAUCUACAUAGUCGCUGCCUUGUGGUCAUAUGAAUCUGCUUGGGUUUGACGAUAGUGCAGCUCGGGGAGCCACAUGAUGUGUAUUCCUCCAUCGAUGAACUCUCUCCUCUUUCUGUUAUCAGUGUUAAAAAUAUUGCAGAAAUUACAAAAAAUAAAACAAGUGAAGCAAAAGGUUUUCGCGAAGCAGCAGAGCAUCGUUCUAAAGAUCCACAAAGUUACACCUCAGACCCUGGACGGUUAUUUCAUUCGGACAAAUAUCCCCAGCAAACAAUGUGAUUAUACUGUAUGUUGAUGCAAUGUGUAUGUACAUUACAAAAGAGAAAGAAUAAUAAAUAUAUCAUCAGUGU